UGCAAAAGGCGACACCCCGCCCUUAGGGCAACCUGGGCUCGAGGUUCCGGACUUGGAAAAGGAGAACCAGUGGCUUGAUCAGGCCGGCUGAGAGGCGCUUUUCCUGACUGCACAGUAGGACCACCCCGCGGACAGUUCUCCCGCACGGAGUCUCAAAGGAGCCACGGAAUCGCGCAGCCGGUCGCUGUCCUGCCAUGGCCUCGCGCCUCCUUCGCGGGUCUCUGAGCGUCCUGGGCACCCAGCGUGCGUGGCGCCCACCCCCCGCUUCCAGAUGUUCUCAUUCUAGAGGGGAAGAACGUCUAGAAACUUCUUCUGCUAAAAAAUUAACAGAUAUAGGAACUAGAAGAAUAUUUUCUUCAGAUCAUGACAUUUUCCGGAAAAGUGUAAGGAAAUUUUUUCAAGAAGAAGUGAUUCCUUAUCACUCAGAAUGGGAGAAAGCUGGAGAAGUGAGUAGGGAGCUUUGGGAAAAAGCUGGAAAACAAGGACUGCUUGGUAUCAAUAUUGCAGAGUCACAUGGGGGUAUUGGUGGGGACUUGUACUCAACAGCUAUUGUUUGGGAAGAACAAGCAUAUUCAAAUUGUUCAGGCCCAGGUUUUAGUCUUCAUUCAGAUGUCGUCAUGCCUUAUAUUGCAAACUAUGGUUCCGAAGAGCAGAUCAAACGCUUCAUUCCUCAGAUGACUGCAGGCAAAUGCAUUGGUGCCAUAGCCAUGACAGAGUCUGGGGCUGGAAGUGACUUACAAGGAAUAAAAACAAAUGCCAGAAAGGAUGGAAGUGACUGGAUUCUCAAUGGAAGCAAGGUGUUCAUCACUAAUGGGUACUUAAGUGACGUUGUGAUAGUAGUUGCAGUAACAAAUCGUGAAGUUCGCUCCCCUGCCCAUGGCAUUAGCCUUUUUCUGGUGGAAAAUGGAAUGAAAGGAUUUACCAAGGGACAAAAACUACAUAAAAUGGGAUUAAAAGCUCAGGAUACUGCAGAACUGUUCUUUGAAGAUGUACGUUUGCCAGCCAGUGCCUUACUUGGAAAAGAGAAUAAAGGUUUCUAUUAUCUCAUGCAAGAGCUUCCACAGGAAAGGCUGAUAAUUGCUGAUUGGGCAGUUUCAUCCAGUGAAUUCAUGUUUGAAGAAACUAGAAACUAUGUGAAACAAAGAAAAGCUUUUGGGAAAACAGUUGCAAACUUGCAGACAGUACAACAUAAACUAGCAGAAUUAAAAACGCACAUCUGUGUAUCCAGAGCUUUUAUGGACAGCUGUCUCCAGCUGCAUGCAAAGAGAAGUCUGGACUCUGCCACUGCUUCCAUGGCAAAAUAUUGGAUAUCUGAAUUACAAAACAAGGUAGCAUAUGACUGUGUACAACUCCAUGGAGGUUGGGGAUACAUGUGGGAAUAUCCGAUUGCAAGAGCUUACGUGGAUGCCCGAGUGCAGACAAUCUAUGGCGGUACCAGUGAGAUAAUGAAGGAGCUGAUUGCGAGAGACAUCGUCCGUGACGAGUAGACAUCUGCCCACAUCCUGGAAUCCUAUUACAGCUAAUCUGAUUUUGAAUCUACUCAAGAUAAAAUGUAACCUGGAAAGGGGGAAAACACUAAGCAUGUUUUCAUAUUCUCUUCCUAUAGAGAAAGAUACCAAGAAAGAUACACAAUAAAACAAAUCUUUGAACCCAAAGAUUCUAAAAUUC